ACUUUAGGGUCCGCCGACACAGUUAGCGUUAGCUACGGUUAGCUAGUUGUGUACUGUAGAGCUUUACCGACGGGCUCCAAGUGUCUGGGCGAGAUUAUCUCAAGCGUUACAUCGUAGGAAAUGUUUGUGUAAACGAAGCUGAGAUGGAGUCAUUCUCGAAUCCGAUGCGGUCCAGAAAAACACACCGCAUCAUUUAUCCGGCGAACUUCAACUCCGGCCGUUUUAGCUGUUAGCUAUGAAUGCCCAUGUAGGUAAGCUGGUUGUUAGGUUAGCAGGCUAGCAGCCGAGCUAAUUGCUAGUCAGUUGUACAGUUGCACGUUAAUCUGUCGGGAAUGAUUACUGACAGUCUCUCACGCGAAAAUAUUUAUCCGUAAUAUUCUGCUUUCUGCAGCACUCGCAGUUCUCAAACAGUGUCUUUCUAGCAGCUUACAUUUGUAGCUGGCCAGCUAGAUAUUAGCUAACGUUAUAUUGUUUACUUUUCCCGUGGCUGACAGGCUGACAGGCUGCUGACCAGCUACAUCUUUGCUUUAAAUGGUCAGCUGAGUUGGGAGACUGACUGGCGGAGGCUGGUACUUGGUCUAAUAGUACUUAGUCAGGAGUAUACUUCACAUAAUAGUGAGUUUAGAGCAGAAAGUCAUCGAAAACGCUGGCCCUGGACGACAGUAAAGAGUUGCAGGCAAUCCAACGGUGUAAGCGUUAAUGGGGAACAGAGUCGUGAGAGGUACACAGAGCUUUAGGGCUUUUGUCAUGCUGCUGGCAGCUGUAUUCUCUAGUGGCUUUUUGUGUGCCGUUGUUGCUCAAGAUGGCCAAGCCAUGUCUGCUGAAGAAAAGACCCAAGUCAGGGAACAAAUUCUGGAGAUGUUUGAUCAUGCUUAUGGCAGUUACAUGAAAUAUGCAUACCCAGCAGAUGAACUGAUGCCACUGAGCUGUAGAGGGAGAGUUCGAGGAUUGGAGCCCAAUCGUGGUGACAUUGAUGACUCUCUGGGAAAAUUUUCUCUGACACUGAUUGACACCUUAGAUACACUAGUGCUGCUAAAUAGACUGGAGGACUUCGAAGAGGCUGUGAAAAAGACUGUUAAAGAUGUAAGACUGGACAACGAUGUGGUGGUGUCUGUUUUUGAGACCAACAUCCGUGUUCUGGGUGGCCUCUUAGGGGCACAUGUGAUGGCUGAUCUGCUGAAGCAGCGAGGAGAGAAGAUGCAGUGGUACGGGGAUGAGCUGCUCCAUAUGGCCAAAGACUUGGGUUACCGCCUACUGCCUGCCUUUAAUACCACUAGUGGCCUUCCUUAUCCAAGGGUAAAUCUGCGCUAUGGGGUUGUGAACCCUCUCUCACGCACAGGCACUGAGACGGACACCUGCACAGCCUGUGCUGGGACCAUGAUCCUGGAGUUUGCGGCACUCAGCCGACUCUCUGGGGAGUCAGUCUUUGAGGAGCAUGCAAGGAAAGCUCUGGAUGUUCUCUGGGAGAAGAGACAGAGAGGAAGCAAUCUUAUGGGCACCGUCAUCAACAUUCAUAAUGGAGAUUGGGUCCGCAGGGAUAGUGGUGUCGGUGCUGGAAUAGACUCCUACUAUGAAUACUUGAUGAAGGCAUAUAUUCUGCUGGGAGACAAUGUGUACCUCGAAAGGUUUAAUACUCACUACAGUGCCAUUAUGAAGUAUAUCAGCCAGCCACCUUUACUGCUCAGUGUGCAUAUGCACAACCCCACAGUGAAUGUGCGCAGCUGGAUGGACUCACUGCUGGCCUUCUUCCCUGGGCUUCAGGUCUUAAGGGGAGAUUUGAAGCCUGCCAUAGAGACCCAUGAGAUGCUUUAUCAAGUUACUAAGCAGCACAAGUUUCUUCCUGAGGCUUUCACUACUGAGUUCAGAGUUCACUGGGGUCAACACCCUCUGCGACCAGAGUUUGCUGAGAGCACCUACUUUCUUUAUAAAGCUACAGGUGACCCAUACUACCUGAAGGUGGGACAGUCUAUAGUGGAGAAGCUCAACACUCAUACACGGGUUCCCUGUGGCUUCGCUGCAGUGCAGGAUGUAAGGACAGGCGCACAUGAGGACAGGAUGGACUCCUUCUUCCUUGCUGAAAUGUUUAAGUACCUCUACCUGCUCUUUUCUGAAAAGAGUCACUUGCCUUUUGAUAUUGAUGACUAUAUCUUCACCACUGAGGCCCACCUCCUCCCGGUCUCUCUGUCUACUUCACAGCCUGCUUGUGAAGGCAACAACACAGACCUAUACACUACUCAAGUGGAGGACCUGUUCACAUAUUCCUGCCCCAGUGCUCAGACCCUGUUCCCCAACAACCCUUCCUUUGCCAAGACCAUCAGGGACAGUUAUAAAUAUCUCACUGGGGUGGGCAGAGCGCCCCACACCUCUCCUGUCAGGGGAAUUGAGCUGCCUCUUCAUGAUACUGGUAUGGAACCAGUAGAGUUCCUGAAGAGCAUGGGCAUCUCUCUUACUCCUCUUACUGACAUGGCAGCAGCCAGCAGUGCUUCGAGAACCAAGGAUUCUCAAAAAGGUGUGUACAGAGUGAAGCUGGUGGCUGAGGUCAGGCACACGCCUGAAGAAGAGGAGGUGGUGCCACAUAUUGUGCAGCUCAUCUCUCCCCCGUUUUUGGGUAGAACAGUACUAACAGCUGGUCCAGCCAAAUUUGGAAUGGAUCUAACAAAGCAGGAGCACGGGGUGAAGGGUAGUAUAGUGAAGAGUGUUCCAUACACAGCAUGUGGGCACAUAGAGAACCCAAUAGAGCUGCAAGGGCACAUAGCACUAGCCCUGAGAGGAGACUGCAUGUUUGCUGCCAAAGCCCGAAGACUACAGGAGGCAGGGGCUAUUGGAGUCAUUUUCAUAGACCAGCGAGAGGACAGCAGCAGUGCUGAGACACCCCUGUUCCAGAUGGUGGGAGAUGGGGAGUCUACAGAUGACAUCACAGUGCCGCUGGUCUUUCUGUUCAGCAGAGAAGGAGCUAUUUUGACUGGCGCACUACAGGAGCACCAAAAUGUGGAUGUCCUACUGCUACCGAAAGAGAGACAGCUUGGAAAGGAAAAAACAGAAAAGCUGAAUAUUAAGUUCCGCCUGGCCAAGGAGGGUGAGCUAGAGGACAACGAAGCAGAUACAGGCACUACAAUCCGACUGGUACUGGAGAGCGAUGUGGAAUCUGAGGCCGAAGGAGAGAUGUCAGAGGUGGUGCACCCAUCCACCUGCACUGCACACACUGAAGCAGACCACCAGGAACCCUGCAGUUUGGAUCGGAAAAGCCCCCAGAGCACCCCUUGAAACUGGGCUCAAUCUGGUAUCUCGUCCCAUUGACUGACAUCAGGGCUGCUGCUGGCCUGUGGCUGAUCAAGGAUCAGAGAACGCAGGCAGAAUCCAGCAAGAAAUGGCCUCAUUAUGUGGGCUAGUCGAACGAGCUCAGUAUAUGCAGAGUCUCACACAGAUGGUUAAACAUUUUCUCCCCUUUUAUACUAAAGGAUGGUGUUGUGUAGUUUGUAGUUACUGGGGCUGUGUACUUGAGGUAUAGAGCGAAAAGAAGGGGUUCUCAAAGCUGUAGUCUUACACCCUACUGUUUGGCCUUGUCUCGUUUGUGCUGCGGUGGUUGGUUUUGAUUAAAUUUGGUGGUUAACAGGAGCAAGAGCCUGUGCUAGAUUGCAGUUAGCAUAGUGUGGAUGAGCACAGUGGGCAGCCUGGUACAGUAGAGCGCACUCUCAGGCCACUUUAUUCCAUUGUUUAUUAUUGUUAAUAUUAUGUUUGGUAAUAUAUUUUUUUUGCUUUAUGCUGUCAGUAAGUAGAAAAGAACAGAAAGACCUAUUUCUGCUGUUUGUAUUGUCAGAUGUGGCAAAAUAGGAGGAUGUGGUAACAGCAGUGAGUCAGUUUUUUCAGUUAUGUCCUCAUUUUAAGUGGCCUGAAGUCUCUGGAUUGUCCUGAGACAGGUCACCUAUGACCAAACCUGAACGCAGUAUUGUAUACAUAGGGAACACAGUGAUUAUAUGAGAAAGAAUGGGCCAGUAUGGUGGACUUCAACAUUUAUGCCACAUUUUUAUCAUGUACUGCAACAUCAGGGAAAUAAAAAGUGCUAAGACUUGAACAUGUGUGCAUGUCCACAUGCGUGCAUAUGUGUUUGCGAUAAUGCAUAAAUCAGUAGGCAUCUGUGAAAGACUUCACUGUUUAUACACUACAUAUCAUUGCUUGUGUCAGAACUUUCUGUGUAUAUAUGUGUGUUUUUCAUAAACUGCCCAUGCAUUAGUCUCACUCAUUCAGGGUCAGUGACGAUCAGAUAAUUGAUGGUAGUCUUGAGAUUGCAGCAGAUUUUACUUUUUAUUUAUUUAUUUUUUUACUCCGUACUAUUUCAUGUUUUCCUGUUUCUUACCUUCCUGUACGACUGUAUCUGCGCAGUACCCAGGCAUUGUCUGGAACAUUUUAGUCUUUUGCAGAGCAGAUCAUGGAAAUUAAUUAGCAACUGUUAACCUCAUGUCUUUCUUGUCAAGCCCUAAGCACACCGACCUUGCACUUUGGCACAUAGACACUUUUCCAGCAGACCAACACAAGCAAGUCUGCAUGUGUGUGUUUGUGGCUUACAGCCUUUUUGUGGAUUUCAAUGCAGGGUAAUCACAGCUUAGUUUCAGAGCUUCUUCUUGUGUCGCAAUGGAAUCACCUACUAACAGAAAAGCUUGUUGCAGAAGACCGUUUUUGCUAAUUAGUCUUUCAUCUAGUCUUACUCAUGUUCCUUACCUGAGAAUCCUUGGCUUUAGUACGCAAGUUUGAAUGUAUAAAUAAUGAGGUGUAGUUUGCAGGGUUAAAGCAUAACCUGAGAAAUGUUGCAGUGUUAAGUGUACAUUUCUGGCACUUGUAACACUUGAGAUCAGCAGAGUUGUAUUGCUGCCUAUUAUUUAUUAGUCAUAAAGAGGAAUAGCUGCCUGUUUUAUUUUUCUCCUAUUCUCAGUAGGACGUCAACCUGUGUACCUCUAACAAGGGCUCACUGAUGAGCAUUUCGCUACCCAGAGCAGAUAAAACAGAUAUGAUGGAGUGCUAUUUAUUUCUUAAUAUAUUUUAUGUAUACUUGAGACCAAGUUUGCCCUUAAGGUGAUUUUAAAGGUGAAGCGCUGAUGUGAAGUGCCAGUGUGAUGUUCCAGAGCUGUAAUGGAGAUUGACAUGUAUAGUGUCUAGGCUGAUGACUGAAGAAAGAUCAAGAUUUGCCAAUAAAUCAAGUAAUAACCCUGUUCUUCUCAUGAACAGUGUUGGUUGUCAUGUAUGUUUCAGUAAUACUUUCAUCAAAAUUGAUAUUUUUUACACAUUUGAUGUUUCAUUAAUGAUUUGAGUCCUUCUAGUCAUUUGUGUUAUUAAUUAGCUAGACAUUAGUGUUAUUAGUUAUAUAGUUUUGACUCUGCAUGACUCACCAUUUCAAAUAAUGAACAAUUCAUGCCCAGAAAUAUAAACAGUUUCAUUUUCAGUCUGCAUUGAAUCACUAUAGUUUAGAAAAAAAAGACAAUUCUGGGUUUUUUUUUUUUCACCUGUCGCCUGUCAAAUCCUAAUUUUUGCCUGCAACAUAUGACACUAAUAGAUAAUUCCAGAGGAUGGUCUCUAGUUUAUUCUCUGUAGCUGAGCUGUUCUACUGCCACCCCAUUUAAAGCACUAUAAGAAUCAUACAGUGCAAUGAUGAAAAACCUACUUUCCUCUCUCAAACAUAUUCAUUGAACUGUCUUUUCAUGUUUGUUUAGUUGUUGUUUUCCUUGUGCAUUCUAAUUCUGUAAAAGUGUUUCUGUUGCUCAACUGGAGAUGCAUAUGUUUGUAACAGCUUUCAAACUAAAACUUCAUUAAUUACAGUUUAUGAAGUGCUGCUAAUGCAUAUGGUCCUGCUUAUGCUAAUGAAGAACACUUCCAAAUAAAUAAACAUAAAAAUCUUCACAUCACGGUGCAUUUUCACAUUUACAAAAUUAUGCAUUUUAUUGUAAGUAGAUGGAUAUCUGAAAAAUAUUUUCUAAACAUGUACAUAAUUAUUAAAAACUGGGCAUUA